GCGAAGCAGGACGGGAAAUUCAACAUGGACGCGUCCAUUUGAACAUGUCGCCUGAGUGGUUCUCCCGCACGCCUGCCUGUCAUUAGCAGUCGUGUUCGCAGCUGCCCAGUCUUCCUCCGGAAUAGGGGAGGGAGAGGGAAUGAGAAGCUGCAGCGGCCGAGGAGUCACCGUGACCGUCUCCGCCGCCACCCUCGGGCCCCCUCGGCCCCCGCGCCUCCGGGGAGCAGCCGGGGCUCGCCGCGCCUGACGCGUCCCGAGUCACACAGAAAUAAUGUUGAUAUUUGGAACCCAUGUCGAACUUCUAUGAAGAAAGGGCAACAAUGAUUGCAGCCGGGGAUUUGCAGGAAUUUGUUCCUUUUGGUCGAGACCACUGCAAGCACCACCCUAAUGCUUUGAACCUUCAGCUUCGCCAGCUGCAGCCAGCGUCAGAGUUAUGGUCUUCUGAUGGUGCCGCUGGCUUGGUGGGAUCCCUUCAGGAGGUUACAAUCCACGAGAAACAGAAGGAGAGCUGGAAGUUAAGGAAAGGCGUAAGUGAAAUUGGAGAAGAAGUAGAUUACGAUGAGGAACUCUAUGUGGCUGGAAAUAUGGUCAUCUGGAGCAAAGGAAGUAAAAGCCAGGCAUUGGCUGUUUAUAAAGCGUUUACAGUUGACAGUCCUGUUCAACAGGCAUUGUGGUGUGACUUCAUUAUAUCACAGGAUAAGUCUGAAAAGGACUACAGUAGUGAUGAAGUAGAAAAAUGCAUAUGUAUAUUGCAAAGCUCAUGUAUUAACAUGCAUAGCAUAGAAGGAAAGGAUUACAUAGCUUCUUUACCUUUUCAGGUUGCAAAUGUUUGGCCCACGAAGUAUGGCUUGUUGUUUGAACGAAGCAGCUCUUCACAUGAGGUUCCUCCAGGCCCACCCAGAGAACCUUUACCCACUAUGUUCAGCAUGCUGCAUCCACUAGAUGAAAUCACACCUCUUGUUUGUAAAUCUGGAAGUCUUUUUGGUUCAUCACGGGUACAAUAUGUUGUAGAUCAUGCAAUGAAAAUUGUUUUUCUCAACACUGAUCCCUCCGUUGUAAUGACCUAUGACACCGUUCAAGGUUUGCAUUCUGUGUGGGCUCUCCGGAGAGUCAAAACAGAGGAAGAGAAUGUUGUUUUAAAGUUCUCUGAACAGGGGGGCACCCCACAGAAUGUGGCCACCAGCAGCUCGCUCACAGCACACCUCAGAAGCCUCUCCAGGGGAGACUCCCCCGUGGCUUCCCCCUUCCAGAACUACUCCUCCAUCCACAGCCAGAGUCGCUCAGCCUCCUCGCCCAGCCUACACUCCCGCUCACCUUCCAUUUCCAACAUGGCAGCUCUCAGUCGUGCUCAUUCUCCAGCCUUAGGAGUGCACUCUUUUUCAGGGGUGCAAAGGUUCAAUCUUUCAAGCCAUAAUCAAUCUCCAAAGAGACACAGUAUUUCUCAUUCUCCAAAUAGUAAUUCUAAUGGCUCCUUUCUUGCACCAGAAACAGAGCCAAUUGUUCCUGAACUUUGUAUGGACCAUUUAUGGACAGAAACGAUUACUAAUACAAGGGAGAAAAAUUCACAGGCCUCAAAAGUCUUUAUUACAUCUGACCUAUGUGGGCAGAAGUUCUUGUGCUUUUUAGUAGAGUCCCAGCUCCAGUUACGAUGUGUAAAGUUUCAAGAGAGUAAUGAUAAAACCCAGCUCAUCUUUGGCUCCGUCACCAACAUACAGGCAAAGGAUGCAGCUCCAGUGGAGAAGAUAGACACUAUGCUGGUCCUGGAAGGCAGUGGAAACCUGGUGCUGUACACAGGAGUAGUUCGGGUGGGAAAGGUUUUUAUUCCUGGGCUGCCAGCUCCCUCCCUGACAAUGUCCAACACGAUGCCUCGGCCCAGCACCCCACUUGACAGCGUUAGUACUCCUAACCCUCUGAGUAAGCUGCUUGGAUCCCUGGAUGAGGCUGUUCUAUUGUCCCCAGUUCCAGAACUAAGGGAUUCUUCAAAGCUUCAUGAUUCUCUCUAUAAUGAGGAUUGUACUUUCCAACAGCUUGGAACUUACAUUCAUUCUAUAAGAGACCCUGUCCAUAACAGGGUAACGCUAGAACUGAGUAAUGGCUCCAUGGUUAGGAUCACUAUUCCUGAAAUUGCCACCUCUGAAUUAGUACAAACUUGUUUGCAAGCAAUUAAAUUUAUCCUGCCAAAAGAAGUAGCUGUUCAGAUGCUUGUCAAGUGGUACAGUGUCCACAGUGCUCCAGGAGGACCCAGUUAUCACUCAGAGUGGAACUUAUUUGUGACUUGUCUCAUGAACAUGAUGGGUUAUAACACAGACCGCUUAGCAUGGACAAGGAAUUUCGACUUUGAAGGAUCACUUUCUCCAGUCAUUGCACCCAAAAAAGCAAGACCUUCUGAGACAGGAUCUGAUGAUGACUGGGAAUAUUUACUAAAUUCAGACUACCACCAGAAUGUUGAGUCUCAUCUUUUGAAUAGAUCUUUAUGUUUGAGUCCUUUGGAAGUUUCACAGAUGAAGGAUGAGGAUUUGUCACAGAAUCUCAGUUUGGACUCUUCUACACUUCUUUUCACUCACAUACCUGCAAUUUUUUUUGUUCUUCACCUGAUCUAUGAGGAGCUUAAGUUGAACACUCUAAUGGGAGAAGGAAUUCGUUCACUUGUUGAACUUCUCGUUCAGUUGGCAAGGGACUUAAAAUUGGAGGCUUAUGUAGAUCAUUACUAUAGAGAUUACCCAGCACUUGUCAGAACUACUGGACAAGUGUGUACAAUUGAUCAAGGACAAACAGGAUUUAUGCAUCAUCCAUCAUUUUUUACUUCUGAGCCACCAAGUAUUUAUCAGUGGGUGAGUUCUUGUCUGAAGGGUGAAGGAAUGCCACCCUAUCCUUACCUCCCCGUCAUCUGUGAAAGAAGCAGACUUGUAGUCUUGAGUAUUGCACUCUACAUACUUGGUGAUGAAAGUUCUGUUUCUGAUGAAUCCUCACAGUAUUUAUCCAGAAUAAGUAUAGCCCCACAGAAGUCACAAGCAGAGCAAGAGGAGAACAGGUUUAGUUUCAGGCAUUCUACAUCAGUUUCUAGUCUAGCUGAGAGAUUAGUCGUCUGGAUGACUAAUGUAGGUUUCGCUUUAAGAGACUUGGAAACCCUUCCCUUUGGAAUUGCUCUUCCCAUCAGAGAUGCGAUUUAUCACUGUCGGGAGCAGCCUGCUUCAGACUGGCCAGAAGCUGUUUGCCUCUUGAUUGGGCGUCAGGAUCUUUCCAAGCAGGCCUGUGAAGGAAACUUGCCCAAAGGGAAAUCUGUGCUCUCAUCAGAUGUUCCUUCAGGAACAGAAACUGAGGAGGAAGAUGAUGGCAUGAAUGACAUGAAUCAGGAGGUGAUGUCACUAAUAUGGAGUGAAGACUUAAGGGUGCAGGAUGUGCGAAGGCUUCUUCAGAGUGCGCAUCCUGUCCGCGUCAAUGUGGUGCAGUACCCAGAGCUCAGUGACCACGAGUUCAUUGAGGAAAAAGAGAACAGAUUGCUCCAGUUGUGUCAGCGAACUAUGGCUCUUCCAGUAGGACGGGGGAUGUUUACCUUGUUUUCAUACCAUCCUGUUCCAACGGAGCCAUUGCCUAUUCCUAAGUUGAAUUUGACUGGGCGGGCACCCCCUCGGAACACAACAGUAGACCUGAACAGCGGCAACAUCGAUGUGCCUCCCAACAUGACCAGCUGGGCCAGUUUCCAUAAUGGUGUGGCUGCCGGCCUGAAGAUAGCCCCUGCCUCCCAGAUUGACUCAGCCUGGAUUGUCUACAAUAAGCCCAAGCACGCCGAGUUAGCCAAUGAGUAUGCUGGCUUUCUCAUGGCCCUGGGUCUGAACGGGCACCUUACCAAGCUGGCUACUCUCAAUAUCCAUGACUACCUGACCAAGGGUCAUGAGAUGACAAGCAUUGGACUGCUCCUUGGUGUUUCUGCUGCUAAACUAGGCACCAUGGAUAUGUCGAUUACACGGCUUCUUAGCAUCCACAUUCCUGCUCUCCUGCCCCCAACGUCCACAGAGCUUGAUGUUCCUCACAACGUCCAAGUGGCUGCAGUGGUCGGCAUCGGCCUUGUUUAUCAAGGGACAGCUCAUAGGCAUACCGCAGAAGUCUUGUUGGCUGAAAUAGGACGGCCCCCUGGUCCUGAAAUGGAAUACUGCACGGACAGAGAGUCUUACUCUUUGGCUGCUGGCUUGGCUCUGGGCAUGGUUUGCUUGGGGCACGGCAGUAAUUUGAUAGGUAUGUCUGAUCUCAAUGUGCCCGAGCAGCUUUAUCAGUACAUGGUUGGAGGCCAUAGGCGCUUUCAAGCAGGGAUGCACAGAGAGAAACAUAAAUCUCCAAGUUAUCAAAUCAAAGAAGGAGAUACCAUAAAUGUGGAUGUAACUUGUCCAGGUGCCACUCUCGCUUUGGCCAUGAUCUACUUAAAAACCAAUAACAGAUCCAUUGCAGAUUGGCUCCGAGCUCCCGACACCAUGUAUUUGCUGGACUUUGUGAAGCCAGAAUUUCUCUUACUUAGGACGCUUGCUCGAUGCCUGAUUUUGUGGGAUGAUAUUUUACCAAAUUCCAAGUGGGUUGAUAGCAACGUUCCUCAAAUUAUCAGAGAAAAUAGUAUCUCUCUCAGUGAAAUCGAAUUGCCGUGUUCAGAGGAUUUGAAUUUGGAAACUUUGUCGCAGGCACAUGUCUACAUAAUUGCAGGAGCUUGUUUGUCUCUGGGUUUUCGAUUUGCUGGCUCAGAAAACUUAUCAGCAUUUAACUGUUUGCAUAAAUUUGCAAAAGAUUUUAUGACUUAUUUGUCCGCACCUAAUGCUUCUGUAACAGGUCCUUACAACCUGGAGACUUGCCUGAGUGUGGUGCUGCUGUCUCUCGCCAUGGUGAUGGCUGGCUCGGGGAACCUGAAGGUUUUGCAGCUUUGUCGCUUCUUGCACAUGAAAACAGGUGGUGAAAUGAACUAUGGUUUCCACUUAGCCCAUCACAUGGCCCUUGGACUUCUGUUUUUGGGAGGAGGAAGGUACUCUUUGAGCACAUCAAACUCUUCCAUUGCCGCUCUCCUCUGUGCCCUUUACCCGCACUUCCCAGCUCACAGCACUGACAACCGGUAUCACCUCCAGGCUCUCCGGCACCUGUAUGUGCUGGCUGCAGAACCGAGACUUCUCGUGCCCGUGGAUGUGGACACAAACACGCCCUGCUAUGCCCUCUUAGAAGUGACCUAUAAGGGCACUCAGUGGUAUGAACAAACCAAAGAAGAAUUGAUGGCUCCUACCCUUCUUCCAGAACUCCACCUUUUAAAGCAGAUUAAAGUUAAAGGCCCACGAUACUGGGAACUGCUCAUAGAUUUAAGCAAGGGAACCCAACACUUGAAGUCAAUUCUUUCCAAGGACGGGGUUUUAUAUGUUAAGCUCAGAGCGGGUCAGCUCUCAUACAAGGAAGAUCCAAUGGGGUGGCAAAGUCUGUUGGCCCAGACUGUUGCUAACAGGAACUCUGAAGCUCGGGCUUUCAAGCCUGAAACGAUUUCAGCAUUCACUUCUGAUCCAGCACUAUUGUCAUUUGCUGAAUAUUUCUGCAAACCAACUGUGAACAUGGGUCAGAAACAGGAAAUUCUGGAUCUCUUUUCUUCAGUACUAUAUGAAUGUGUGACCCAGGAGACCCCGGAGAUGUUACCUGCAUACAUAGCAAUGGAUCAGGCUGUAAGAAGACUGGGAAGAAGAGAAAUGUCCGAGACAUCUGAACUUUGGCAGAUAAAGUUGGUGUUAGAGUUUUUCAGCUCCAGAAGCCAUCAGGAGCGGCUGCAGAACCACCCUAAGCGAGGGCUCUUUAUGAACUCGGAAUUCUUCCCGGUUGUCAAAUGCACUAUUGAUAAUACUCUGGACCAGUGGCUACAAGCUGGGGGUGAUGGGUGUGUGCAAGCCUACCUCAACGGGCAGCCCUGCGAGGAGUCGCAGCUGAGCAUGCUGGCCUGUUUCCUCGUCUACCACUCAGUGCCAGCCCCGCGGCACCUGCCGUCUAUAGGACUAGAAGGGAGCACAAGCUUCGCAGAACUUCUCUUCACAUUUAAACAGCUGAAGGUGCCGGUGCGCGCUUUGCUGAGAUUGGCUCCUUUGCUUCUUGGAAACCCACAGCCAAUGCUUAUGUGAUCAUGUCUGGUGAUGGAAAUGCAUGUCAUUGCCUCCAUAGAUGGACAUGGUUAAAGAAACAGUACAGCCACACACACACUCAGGUUAUUACUGUUUCCCCGACGGAUGCUGACAUCUGUGUUCCUCGCUCGAGUGUCUUCCAGAGGAGUGAAGGCAUGAACUUGUGGGAAGCUCUGAGGCAUAGACGCCAGGCCUUAGCCGCAGGACAUCAUUGGUGUGAGCCUCACAGAACUUCUCCUUGGUGCUGCGUAAUGUUACUUGAAUAAGGCCGCUUUCUCACCCUUUGUCUAGAAACCAGCUGACUUCACAGCAUAUGGAGAGGGGCAUGUCCCAGCUUAGGGGAUCUCCUGACAUCCUACAGGAGGCAGGAAGGAGGGGGGCUCGCAUCUCUCAGCCUGGUGGUCAGUGUGCAAACACGCUUGGUGGGAGGCCGGCGAGCCUGCUGGGCUGUAGACAGGCCCGAGCAUGGGAGCCAGCAUUGGAAUGGAAGCCAGAGCCUGUGGGAGCCGAGGCAGGAGUUGUCAGAGGAAUGGACUUGUGACGAUUCCAAGGGAAGCACAUGCCAAAGUCCGGUCUGAGCGACUGGAGUAGGCCAGGCCGGGAGAGGAUGUUGGGAACUGGGUGAAACUGAAGGCCGUGGACCAAUCUGAGACCAAAGCAGGAAGACUUUGUCGCCUCCUUCAUACAGGGUUGGGGGCCUCUCUUCUGGGUUCCCCAUCCUCAUACUGACCAAAUUUUGGGGAAGAUGCCUCACUGUAUGGAGAUCUCUCCAGUUAAGCAAUGGAGGAGGGGACAGGAUUUGGUCACCUCUGUACCCCUGUGUCUGCAAUUUUUAACCAGCAGUGGAAGGAAGCAGAGGUGAGGUCGGAAAAGCACCCCCUCCACGUGGAGGCCUCUGUCAGCACUUACUGCGCCCAGCAGAUACCUACACUGGUUCCAGAGCUUCCCAGGUGACUGUUUUCCUGCUUCCAAGGCCAGGUUCCCCUACUCCAAAAUACACUGGUUGCUUCUCACUACAGUCACAAGCUUCCGAGAAGCCUUUUUCGAUAAAAGAAGAGCCUCUAAAACCACAUCCUUGAUUUUUGCCUGUGGAUAAGGAAGACUUGCCUGUUCUCCAUCCUCUUGCUUUGCUCCAUCUUAUGUUCUUGAGUGAAAGUGAGGCUGGGAUGGAAAGUGGGGGCUGCUCAGAGGGCAGGACUUUCAGGCCCCAGACGAGGGGAACCCAUCUAUCAGGCAGCUGCACCAGAAGCUCCCUCAGGUGGCAUCUCGUCCUGCCCCUCGUUCUACAGCUGAGACCCGGAGGCUCAGGGAGGGGUGGCUGGCCCAAGUCCGCACCGCUCCCCAUCGCAGCCCAGGCCAGCCUGGGCACCCAGACCGCGCUGUUUCUACCCGAGAACCUGGUCCAUUACUGCCUUUCUUCCUGGUCCAGUAGACCCUCAGGAAGAGGCCAGUUAAAUGUAAGUUACAAGGACGUUGCACCAGGCAGAGUUUAUGAACACCUUUAAAAAGCAGACACACCGACUCUUCCUUUCUCUGUGCAUCUUUGGAAAAACAAAGGCCUUUGUGUAAUUUCUUGGAAUUAGAUUAAUUGAAUUAGCCUGUGUUGCUUUCUUGGUCAUUAUAACAACUAUCUUAAUUAAAAAUUUUCUCUUUUAGCUGAAAAUAUUUCUUCCAUGGUACAUUAAAACAUGAAGUAGGAAAUUUAGGAAAAGAAUUAAUUUCAUACUAAGCUCAAUAAAAGCAAUGAAAAUCUGUAAAUAAGCACAUGUUCUUAAUUUCCACUGCUUUUACUCCAGUACUCAGGUGUGAAGUGUCUCGCCUUGCCUCUGUAGUCAGUGGCGCCAUCCGGAGUCUUAUGCGCAGGUGCAGGGCCUUGGGACACUGUGGACCGUGUGCUUUCAGAACCCAGACAUGCCAGAUGCUGAUCUGUGGAGUCACAUUACUGGGGGACUCAUCACAGGGACAGUGGUUGGAAGCUAGUUGGUGCCACUUGUUUUUCUUUCAUUUGUGUUUAUUUGUGUGCAUAUCUUUCACUUAUCAAGAAUAUUUUAAUUCUGCUUACUGUGCCAUUUCAGAGAUUAAGAAGAUAUUUUGGGCAAAUGUGUAUAACUCUGGAGUUGAAGGAAGAAUCCUUAGCAAAUCCGCUGUAAUUAGCAUCCCUGGCUGCAGUCUCCUGCCCCGUAAGAUCUAGAUGAGAGGAGCUCCAGCCCUCAGGCGAUGAAAUCUCUGCAGGUCCCCAGAGGAGGGAGCAGGUGCUGUCUGGUCACCUCCCUCCACACCCCCUCUGUUGCACUGGUUCACCUGUAGGUCAUCCCCUGUGCCCUGUGAGGGGCCUGGAUGUCAACUCGGCGUCUUCACCACCUCCUCCUCUCUCCUUAGCCUCCACCUAUGUUUCCCGUAUGGGACCAGGUAAGAGUGUGCCGUUGGGAGGUGCCAGCGAGAGAUGCCCAAGCAAGGCCGGGAGGUGGGAGAGGAGGCAAAGCUGUUAUAGGCGGACACGAGGGCAGAUGGUGCAUACCUGGCAGCAGGGCGUUAAUACCAGCUCUGCCCGGGGGCCCCGCCCUGGAGUUUCUGGAGGUUUGUUGGGGCUUCUUCAUCCUCUGCUCCAAAAACCCCUCCAUCUGCUUCUCUUUAUCAACACCCUUUCUGCUUGGGUCCCUGAGCAGACCCUGUGAUGCUGUGUGGGAUGUAAUGACCCAGAUGUGAACACAGCCCGUCCCGAGUCCCCACCGCUUGUUCUCCCCUGGGCUUUGCUUAUGGAGUUUCCAGGCCCUUGGUUUUCUCCCCUGAGCUCCCAGUGCUGUUCACUUGCCUUUUCCAUUAUCAGACACUCAGCUGUUCUCUGAAAGCCCCAACUGUCUGCAGUCCUGUAAUCCUUGCACCAGCUCCCCCGAAUGGCACCAGCCUCAGUGCUGCAGCAGCAGUGACCCCCCGAGUGGCCUUGGGUUUCCCCUAACAUGCUGAGGGGACUCUCUGACUAAAGGAAGAAUGGGCGACCUUUUAGCUGAGUAACUGGAACGCAUUGGGGUUGGCCCCAUUUGUGUCAGGCUUCCUGGGACGGAGUCACAGGUGUGUGGAUGGAGACAUAGUGUGGCCCAUUGCCCAGUCCUGUUGGUUCUGGGUUUGCCCCUCAGCGGCCACCCUGAAGAGAGAAGCAACCCUUAGCCCAGCUGCUUCCACCUUGGCCUUCUGGGGCAGCACAGACUGGGUGUCACAGACUGAAAAGUACCGUGGUCGUUUGCUGCUCGAGGUUUUGAGGACUCGAGGAAAAUGCUAAACCUUCAUGGGAUAGAGAGCGUUGAGCGACUGUAUUGCUUCCUGGAAGGAGUCGGCUUUUUAUAAGACUUGACUGUGAGGUUCCUGGGAAGCUUACCAGAAAUUUCUUGGCAAAAUUAGACAUUUCCAGGGGAAAAAAAAGAGACGAAGAGCUAGAUAGUUUCUGUCUGGCAAGUGCAGUGAUUACCCAGUAAUACUGUAUAGCAGCUGCCCAGUAAUAAAACUUCCUACCUAAAGGGGCUGGACAUAUAGAGAGCUGUAAACCUGAGCAUCACUGAGCAAAUCAAGCUGCAGUGGACCAGCCCAGGCCCUGGGAUGGCCUUUAAUGCUGGACAGGUGCCCCCGGGGCCCCCCACCCCGACCCCAAAGACCUUCUUGGUCUCUCUGAAGGGUUUUGAGCCUUAAUUUUCCUACUUAAUUCCUACUCUCAGUUGAGCAUGUCUGUUGGUGUAGCCCUCGCACCUCUGAUGAUUUAAGAACAAGCUCUUACAAACCACACAGCUGGGUUUUGCUUUGUGAUUCAAUCUGAAGAUCUUUUUUAGUGUUGUUGAGUUCAGAUUUAUUAAUAAUAUGAUCUAAGGUGUGUCUAGUUUUUAUAUUUCUGUAUUUAUACCGCACUUCUUAUAUUUACUGUGUAUCUUUGGUCUGUUUUCUCUGCUCUCAAAAUUUGCUGUAUUCAUGACUUUGGCAGUGAGGAUGGCUCAUGUUUUUGUGACUGCAUUUAACACAAAUACCUUCGUAGGAUUCCUUGAAUCCCUCUUUUCCUUACCUCGGCUUCCACUGUCUUGUUUCCAGCUCUGAUGGCACCCUGGCACCUCCCCACCUCUCCCCCAGGCAGCAUUCAUGAGUCCCUCCCCUGCUCUCUCCCUUCUCUGAGUGUGAAGGUUGGGUUAUUUCUGUAAUGUCAGAGUGAACGAUAGCAUACGAUUCCCCCCUUCUGUUCCCAUUGUGUGUCAGCCUUAGAUCGGCCCACUGAUGUUCUCCAUGCCUUCCCUCAGUCCUCCGGCUGACAGUUCCCAUCUCUCCGUUGGGUAAGGCUGCUCUCCAGCAGGUUAGAUGCGGACUUCCUCCUCUCUCCUCAGGUGUUUCUCUCCUUCCUGUCUCUGCCUCUUUUCCUCACUACCUUCUAGUCGUUUCUUUGGGCUCUUCUCAGCUUCCUCCUCCUUGGUGGUCCAGGCCUCUUCCUGACUUUCUGUCCCUUCUCCCUUUGCCCAUCCUCAGUCUCUGUGGAGGCUUCUGCUCUGGUCUCUUUUCUCCCUUGGGUGCCCCCCUCCAUGUUACUGCUAGACCCUUUCAGAGUACUCAGGGGUCAGGGCCUUUGUCAGCUGACACCCACUGGAAGGCUGGGGGGCCAUCGUGCCACUGGCUGGUUUCGACAGGUUCAGGCUGCCAUGGUCCACGGGCCUGAGGAGAGCUGGAGGCCCCGUGGUGGGGGAGGGAGAGGGGGGCGGGAGCUACAAGCAGAGAGAGAAAGUGAGAUCAGAGUGGAAGGCAGACCCCCCAGCGAGGAAGCUCUCGGCACCACAGAACAAGGUGCAUGUAGGACAGGGGGUCCGGGAGAAUCAGCUGUCACCCUCGUUGCUCUUAUGUGCGACCAGAUCCAAGAGGGGCCGCGGGUGUUUUUCUUUCUUUCUUUUCCUUAUUGUAGUAAAAGCGCUAUUUUCUUUCCAAUUUUGAGACUCCUGAUAUAUACAGUAGGAAUAUGUAGUCCUGACAUAUUCUUGGUCCUCAAAUAAAAACCUAGGGGAUGAACGAAACUUCAUACCCAAUUCGGUUUAUCUCAGAACACACUUGCCCUGCUUUUCUCUCUCCUUUUCUUUCUCCUGGGGUCAGAAUGGGCCCCUGCAAUGAGGCAAAGGGCGGAGGGCUCAGCUCACAGGACUGUCCUAGUACAGCUGUCUGCCCAAGCAGGGGGUUCCUUAUGCACUUCACAGAAGGUCUCCCUCCACUUCAGGUAAAUCCACACAUAAAAACGAAAUUUAAGCCAAGGAAAACAAAUGCUAAAGCAUGUGAUGCUAGUCAGGUGACCGGUCUGUGCAUGUGUCGUUUGUCACGGGCUUCCUCACAGCUCUGCAUGUGUACUUGUUUCCUUUAUUAUCCAGCGAGCUUAUUUGUUCAGAGACUAGAGAGCCCUAAGAGCUCCUUCUGUCCACGUGAGGCUAGACCCUGACACAUACUACAGGGACCCAGCUCAGGGUAGCUUGCAUCAAGUGGGAGCAAAGCACACAAAACCUUUGAUGACAUGUUGGAGUUAAUUGUUUUUUUUUCCCCAAGAGCCACCAUGGUAAUGGCUCCUUUUCCAGAAAGGAUGACCUCAGUGUUUUUCAUCUAUUUAUAUUUAAAAAUCAACUCAGAUCAAAACCCUGCAGAGGUUUUCAUUCACUACUUAGAUCAGCAUUUCCAAGAGUUUUCCUAAAAAAAAAAAAAAAAAAAAAAAAAAGAAAUUGAUAUGCAAAUUGGGACCUUGUAUAGCAUGGUAAAUGAUUCCAUAGUUGAAUCCAUUUGGAGAGUUUUUGUAUAAACACAGUAAUUACUUUCUGUACCAUGGGAGUUCACAGAGCCCUUACUAGGCUAACAGUGCGUUAAGGGAUGCAGUGGCACUUCCUCGUGACCACCAGCCCUGGAGGUGACUGCAGGGCACGGGGUGGGGUUGUCCCCACCAGGAGGUCCAGUACUUACUUGGACCACCUGCAGCCCCUGCUCCAUUCCUUGGGAACCUAGGGGACGCCCUGGCGCACCCGACUCCAGACCCAGUGAUGUGGGUUCUGGGCCUGGAUCUGAAAGGGAAGCACAGCAGGGUGAGCGCCUGGAGGAGGGGCCCAGCCCCUCCACCUCUGGGGUGCGCUCCCAGGCCCUCAUCCCCAACAGACCUCCUCACACAAAUCCGGGGUGACCCAGGCUCGGUGCUCCAUCGCAUGGAAGAAUUCCACCUUCAACUUGAGGAACUCCUUGUAGAGGUCUGGCCAGUGCUCCCUGCCCAGCAGGAACUGGAAGAUGCUCCGCUUGGAUGUGGGGUUGUCCUCCUCCAUGUCGGAGGCGAUGUAGCUGCCAUCAGAAAAGAGGGCUAGCUGGUCCCAGCCCCCACAAGGACUCAGGCGAGACAGUGGAGAGAGGCUGCUGAGGUCACCCUGGAGGAGCACCCGGGUCCACAGAGGGCAGGACCGUCCUCAGCACCAAGGCUGCUGGGCCCAUGCUGUGCCCAGCCCAGGUCAAGGUUCUGGCUGUCACCAUUUCCCUGGGACUUUCUACCUCGGGUCCCUCAGUCUCUGGGCAGCAAAUGGUGUUUCCUGGCUACGUUCAUUAUCCCAGGACCUUCCUCCUUGCCUUCCCCUGCUCUGACCAUGUGACCCCUUGAGGGCCUUGAACCACCACUGGGGGCCCUCAGGCAUUGCUCACAGGGCCAGGAAGAAGUGGAUCCUGUUGUAGAGGUGACCAGGCAGCCCGACACGGCCGAAGUACUCCACCACCAUGGAGAGCAGGUACUGCGUGGAGACAGAGGGUGGGGGAGGGGCGGCCAGGGGUCGAUGGCAGGGCCAGUGUCCUGAGCGGGCCAUGCGCCCCACCCCCAUCCAGAGGCCAGGUGGGAAAACCACCCAGGGUGGGCCUUGUUAAGGGACUCAUGGCCCUUUGACAUGUGGAGAUGAGCUGAUGGGAGGCCAGGGAGGAGAUGCCCAAGGGCCGGGGCACCGACAGUGUGUCCUUUCUUCCUUUCUGGCACCAAGGGCGGGUCUCUCCAGGGCCUCUGCUCAGGCAGACACCUUGUCCUCCGUCCCCACCCCCAGGGGGUGGUGACACUGCAGACCCCUUGGUACCUCAUACUUUUAGUGCUGUGGGUACCUUGUCGGACACUUUCAGGAAAAUAUCAGCUUCCAGGAAGCUCUGGAUAACAGGGUCCUCUGUAAGGGAAGGGAGACGUGAUGAGGGCCUUGGAGCAGCCCUUCCGGGAGCAGCGAGCCCGGGGCUGUGGGACAUUUCACAGGGAGGAGGGGAACUGGAAACUUCUCCCAGUUCCUCUGUUUCAGGAAGUAGAGGCAGCUCUCUUUCCCCAGGAAGGCUCAGAGCCUUAACAGUGACAAAUCUGUUCCUUCCAUUGACCCAGGGAGAGUGAGUCUCAACUGUGGGGCAGGGAUUUUGCUAUUGUUAUUUAAUCUUCAACACGUGGGUGGGUAUGUGUGUUUCAUAAAGAGAUAUGACCUGGUUCUCAAAGUUUAACAUAACUUUCCUCGAGCCAAAGCUUGGGUGUGGCCUUGGGCCUCUGGGCACUGCAUCCCUGUCACUUCAUCGUACUGUGACUGGGCAACGCUUUCCUGCCCCACCUGAUAACAGCACCCCAUGUGGGCAGUGGAGAGUUCAUACCCUCCUGGGCGGGGGCGGGGGGCGCUGGGCAUUCUACCCUCCUCCUGGACCCCCUUCACUUCCUGCUGAUAAUGACCUGGCCUCCCCUGGCCCCAGCAGGCUCAUCUGGGAUUAGAGCUGUCCUUGGAGGUGCCAUUUUCCAGUGAUGGCCUGAGAAUGCCAGGUCCUCCUUGUCUUUCACACCUUGCCCCGGACAAUGACAUUUACCCAGACGGGAGGAUGGAGGGGUCAUGGAUCAUUUCGCCCUCCCUGAGCCUUGUCCAGGCGGCCUGGCUCCCGGAAGGGCAUUGCUUUCUGUGAUGAUGAAAAUAUUCUGUAGCUUGCUGUCCAGUACGGUAGCCAUUAGCCAUGUGUGGCUACUGAGCUUAUGAAAUGUGGCUGGUGAGAACCAGGAACUGAAUUUCAGAAGUUUAUUUUAACUCACGUAGAGUUAAAUUUGAAUAACUGCAUGUGGCUAGUGGGUGCUGCAUUGGACAGUGUCAGCUCCGUGUCAUCUCCCAACCUGCCACACUCGGUCCUGCCUCUUGCCCUGGCAUCACCUUCUCUGCAGACCUUCCCUGAGUAUCUGUCACAAAGCUCUCCGACUCUUGCUCACAGCCCGUCUCUAGGUGUCACUGCCUUUUCCUUCUCUGCAUUUGUCACUGGCUGAGAGCAACUUACUUCUGUAAUGUUUUUUGGUCUCCUCCCACUCUGAGCAUAAUGGCAGCGAGAUCUAGUUUGUCCUUUCAUCACUAAUCUCUAAAAUCUUAACUGGAGGGAAUAAAUGUGGGCAGGGGAUUCCUCCCUUGAUUUGUCCUAAAAUGUCUUGAUAAUUGAACAGUCAACCGUGAGUCCUUUUUUCCCUUCUCCCUCCAAGAACUUGUCUCAGAUGAAAACCCAUCAGCACCGCAGUAGAACUGUGGAAACAGAGUGAUCUGCUUCUGUGCCACCUGGACACCUCACAGCUCUGAGCCCCAGGGGGAGCUUUGGCUAUGAUCCCGGAGCCUCUGGGAUCCUCGGUGUAAAAGGGACCUGACACUCCACUGGCUCAGAGCACAGACCCAGAAGCCGGUAGAAGGCCUCUUGGUCUUCUGGACGAUAACUGGAUCUUCUCUUGCUCAUCCUGAGUUUCGUCCCCUCAACAUGAUUGACAGUCCACAUGCUCCUCCUCCGACUGCUCUUCUUCCAGGACGUCAGCUCGGAGACAGCUUCCGAGGGGGUGGGGUUGGAGGCCAGGGGGCUGCUCUCCUGGGCGGCUGCAGGAACAAGGCUCUGUGUGAGCACAGACCUGACCCACCUGGGAGGUCCUGAGUCUUCCCUUGCAGCUCACCCUGAAGGUUGAACCCUGCCUCCUGAGGACAAGACAACAAGUGGUUACUCAGCAGUAACUGAUGUUCUGUUCAGGGCCGAGGAAGCUGAGGACAUCACACCCCCCUUGACAUACAUCAGUCUCUUCCUCUUCUGGCCCCGCAUCCUCCUGGUUCUCUGCUCAGAGACAGCCUCUGGAGGGGCAGAACUGGAGGCCAGAGGGCUCCCAUCCUGAGCAGCUGCCAGGAGAGAGGAAGGACCCUGUGUGAUCAGGGGAGGGACCCACCUGGGAAACACUGUGCUCUUCCCUUCUCACUCACCUUGAGUAUGUUGCAUGUGACAUCUGAAGUGAUAAGAAUGACCAUCACCCCCUUUGCACUUUGUCUGUAAAGGAGGGUAGGAACUGAAUUAAUAUUUACCUUUUUUUGCCAGGGAAAAACUGCUCUCCUGUGCCUCUUUCCAUGGAUCUUUCUGUCUGGGGGGCACCUCUAUGGAGACAAAUGUGAAACUCUCUGGUCAUCGAUGUCUUUAAUAACUACAAAGGUGAACAAGAUAGUGACCUCCGGUCUCACCCUGGACACCCUUUCCCCUGCCCUGCAGACCCACACCCGUGAGAGUCCAGGGAAGAAGAAGUGAUGCUGGAGCCAUGAUGAUCUAUCACCUUCAUUCAUUCAGAGAGCGGGGAUAAGUGUAAAUGACCACACACACCUGGCUUCCCUUCCAUGUGCUGCUUUUCCUCUGACUUUUUUGCUUGGUCCUGUUGGCUUGCAGCAGUCUCCGAGGCAGCCGAUGUGGAGCUCAGAGGGAUAGUCUUGUCUUUUCUGGGUACAAAAAAAUGGAAAGAAACCAACUUGAUUCUGACCAGGCCAUUUCUUUCCGCUUAACCUGCUUCUUGUGAGACCUAAUAAUAAUUAAAAUGGCAAUAACAUUAACUAACAGUAAUUGCUUAGUAAACUUCAGAUAUUGAUUCGUGCAUUGGGAUUACCUCAUUCAAUCCUUACAAGGAGGUGUGAGGUAAGGUGUAUAACUUGCCUGUAUACAGAUGAGGAAAUGCUGACCUAAUUUGUCUAGGAUUUGCUCCUUGACAGUGGCUAGAGCUCUUUGGACUUGGGAUUAGAACUCGUGUCUGAGCGGUGCUCAGGGGAAGAAGGCUGGUGGCAGCCACAGUUGAGCCUCAGUCACAUUUCCAUUAGGGUUGAGCUGGGCCACCUUACACGCUUAUGUCAUCGGCUCUACCUAAAUAUCCCUGUGAACCGCUAUAAAGUUACAGCAAUCCAACCUGGCAAAAAUCUGACCAGAGUAGCCCAGGCCUGUCCGAAAUGGCCCUGGAAGCUGAUUGAGGCAGUUCCCCCUCAAGAAGGCCAGUGCCGCCUGCCGCCUCUGAGGACAGUGUUCCUCCUGGGUGACAAAGUGUCCACAUGCUCCCGGGGCUCUCAAGGUCGAGUUCUCUGUAGGGUGGCUUUACUGUCUCUCCUCCUUCCCCCAUAUUCAUUUUGUUCUCCUUUUGCCCACAUCCCCUCCUGUUCUCUUUUCUCCCCAAACUCGAGACCUAUUUGUAUUCCUACUGCAUCCCAGUCACUCAUCUGGAGGUUCACAGGUGAUCCCUUCCACAUCCCCUGCGACAGCUUAGAGGAACAUAGUUCAGGAUCCAAGACUCACCGUAGUACAGAAAAGAGUGACGCCCACCCCAAGUAAGCACCUGGAGGCUCCCUCAAGAUCUAGGCCCUCACCCUUACCCAGAAUGCAGCCUCACAACAGCGUGAGAAGAGCACUGACUGUAGCCAAGUGUUCGGGAUUAAAUGGCUUCCGAGAUUCUGGAGCCCUUACUAUGAGUCACUGAUGACAUCACACCAUUCCACCAGAAACUGCUCUUUGGUUUAUAAAAGGCUCUCAAGGAAAAGACUGUGGGCCUCAAGGAGGAAGGAGUUAGUGUCCCAGCCUGAACACUGGGAUCACUUCCUCUUACCCCAGUAUUACCUCUGAACCUCAUCUUGUGUUUCAUCUAACCAAUUAAUGGUUCCAAAUGAAAGUGAUUCAUCCACAUACCAAAAAUUGAGAAAAUACAAAAUUAAAAGUUGAUUAAUAUUCAUAGUAAAGUUAUUAAUGUAGUUUAUUUGAUAUUUAAUUAUUUAUUAAACAUC